GUGUUGUGGGUGAGUGCAGUUGGGGGACUGCCGCAUCAGUUAAGUGAAGGAGGUUAAAGUGUUGCUCCACAGGAAGUUGCAGAGCAAAGCUGAGAGAACUUGCGCAGCCAUGGACACUUCUCAUCAUCUGCUUCUAGUCUUUCUACUGGCUGGAGUUUGUUCAACUGAGAAAUCUCCAGUUCGUAUUUUUGCAAAUGGGCCAGCUCCGGGCAAACCACGAAUUGUCAGCAAGAAUGAUACAGAAGUAAAAAAAGCUGUGCUAAUUGCAACCUACUCCUUCAACAACAAGUCCAAUGAUGCUUUCUUUUUCAAGGCUUCAGCUAUUGAUGAUGCACAAAGACAAAUUGUUAAAGGUAUAAAGUACAUUCUCAAAGUCGAGAUAUCUCGGACUGUGUGCAAGAAGAGAGAUCCUGAUGCUGAUCUUGCUAACUGUGGUUUCCAACCAAAACAUGAGUUGCAGCAGACCUUUCUCUGUAACUUUGAUGUGUGGUCUAUACCAUGGCAGAUGAAGAUGAAGACCACUUAUUUUGUUUGCCGUCCUUCUAACAAGUCUUACUAAAACCUAUGCAUCUGAAACAGAAUGUGCUUCAAAUCUGAGUUUACUGGCUAAGAAUAAAAUAUUUGAUUGGUAUACAUACA